AUGGAAAAAGAAUAUGGAGAGGAAUAUGAACCUUUGCUUAAACACGCCAAAGAAACCAAGACAACAUAUGAGCGUCCUAGCAAAUCACUGCUACUGGCUGUUUUUGCAGCUUGCAUUGGAGGGACCUUUCAGUACGGCUAUAACGUUUCGAUAAUCAAUGCACCCACCAAGAAUGUGCAGAAUUUCAUCAACCAAACCUGGCUGGAGCGUUAUCAAACUGAAAUCUCAGAGCAAACUCUCACUGUGUUGUGGUCCACCAUCGUCUCAAUAUUCACUGUAGGUGGGUUCAUCGGAGCAUCCAUUGGUGGAACACUGUCCAUUAAGCUUGGGAGGAAAGGGACGCUACUAGCCAAUAAUUCUGUUGCUAUAUGCGCUGCACUGCUGAUGGGUGUGAGCUACCCUACAGGAAUAUUUGAAUUACUCAUCAUUGGACGUUUUCUCACAGGAAUAAAUGCAGGCAUUGGCAUUUGUGUUCAGCCUCUGUAUUUGGGGGAAAUAGCUCCGACAGCACUUCGUGGCACUAUGGCAAUGGGAACCUCCAUUUUCAUCACCGGUGGGAUCUUGACUGGACAAGUGAUUGGUCUCAAUGAGCUACUGGGUAAAGAAGAGUACUGGCCCAUUUUGCUAUCAACCACCUGUAUCCCAGCGUUCAUGCAGCUCCUAAUCCUACCCUUCUUCCCAGAGAGCCCUCGCUACCUGCUUCUUGACAAAGGGGAUGAAGAGGGCUGUACAAAGGCCCUGGAGCAACUGCAUGGUUUAGAUAAGUGUGGUGGUGAGAGAGAGGAUAUGGAGAGAGAAAGGAACGCGAUGGUAGGAGUCCGGGCCAAGAAACCCUGGGAGCUGUUCACCGAUCGCAGUCUGCGUUGGCAACUUCUCACCAUCGUCCUGCUGAACUCUGCACAGCAGCUUAACGGCAUCAAUGCUAUAUAUUUCUAUGCAGAUUACGUCUUCACUCGGUCUGGCAUCCCAGUUGAUAAAAUACCAUACGUGACUGUAGGCACAGGUGUCUGCGAAUGUGUUACUGCUUUAACCUGUGGCAUACUUAUUGAGCGACUGGGAAGGAAAGCGCUCAUCCUGGGAGGGUACACUCUGAUGGGCAUCUGCUGCAUUUUAUUUACUUUGACCCUCACCUUCCAGGCUGCCAGCCCAUUUGUGCCUUACCUAAGCAUGGCCUGUGUUUUCGCCUUUAUCCUAAGUUUUGGUUUAGGACCAGGUGGUGUGACGAACAUCUUGACCACAGAAUUAUUCACACAAGCCACGCGCCCUGCUGCAUACAUGAUUGCCGGAUUUGUGAGCUGGUUUAGCUUCUUCUUCAUAGGCAUGCUGUUCCCGUUCAUUGUGACUGGGCUGCAGCAAUUCUGUUUCCUGGUUUUCUUAGGCAUCUGCUGUUUAGUAGGAAGCUACAUAUUCCUUGUUCUGCCUGAAACCAAGAACAAAACUUUCCUGGAAAUCUACGAUGAUUUCCAAUCCAAAAACAAGAGGAAUGCCCCUAAUAAUGAUGGCUCAAGGACAACAGUAUUGUUAACCCUACUCAGAAACUGA